CAGGCACAGGGGCACUUCUUGACGGGUUUUCAUUAAGUGAAGGGCAACGGUGGGAAUAAUUUUUUUCUUUUUAAUUUAAAAUUUUACGUGCGGUCGAUGCAUAAAUUUUAGUGUCGUGUACGCGUGAGCCGGACAAUGUUGGAGCGCGUCUCGGCAGGUAUUGGAGCCUGAUGGUUGGUGUGAAAAUGAAACAAGUUUGUCGCUACGAGCAGCUGAUGGCGGCUGAGUGCUGUUUGAGCCUCCGUGUGUCUUGGUCUUGCCACCCCGUUUAAGAACAUCAUACGACUCGCGAAUAAACCGAAACCACGCCACCUUCACCGCCCUGCGCCAACUACUCAACCUGUAUUAAAAAUAUAAACCGUGAUCAAAUCCUCGGCGCCUUGUCUGUGUGUGAAAAUUUUCCUGCCAGACCGAAGAGAUCCCCUCUUCUCGAUAAGCGUGUGUAGUUCGGAGGCCAAGUGUGGCUGAAAAAGCAUAACGGUGCUUGGGGGACGAACGAAGAAUGUACACGUAGCUGCCAUCCGCACCUAACGUUUUACCUUUCGUUAUAUUCAAUAACCGUGCCGACGGUAGAAAAAUCUCGGUGGAUAGAACCAGGCCGCCCACGGAUUACAUAUUCCUCCACUCGUACGCGAAGAUUUCGAGACUGGCAGUCGGGGUGGCCGCGAUAAUAACUUGGUGAAAAUCCUUGACGCUCGCGACAAGGAGGAGCCGCAGCCGCCGCCGCCGCCGCCACCGCUUGCGGGGUCCGAUCAGUGAGAUUGAACCAGUGAAUAGCUGAAGAAAAAAGAAGAGCGAAAAGAAUCGAGCAAAAAACCUUCUCUCGUCGAGUCGCCGUCGAGUCCAGGCUACCACCAAAAGUAACGAGGAACGAUAGGUGGAGACGAACAGACUAAAAACGGCGGCCUACCGACUCGACAGAAACAUUCGGCCCGGCGCUCCGUGCGUCUGACAACGCCUAGACAAUAUCCUUCGCCCGCCCUCUUCCAACUCAGUUCCAAGUUUCAAUCACGCAUCCGCGUCUUUCGCGUCAUCCGCCGAAGCUCGGUUACUCAUUUUUUUUUUUUUUUUUUUUAUCCCAUGCAUCUACAGUAACCCAAUUUCGCAUCACAUCGUCACUUACCACUCUCCACACCCCUCCUUUUCCCUCGAGCCUACCUUCUUAAACACGCGCGCGCACUCGCACACACACUACGCGCAUACAUACUACACAACACACGCACGCACGCACACUUACAGACACGGGCACACAAGGUGUACGUACAGGCGUAACACACCUCUGCGCGUUUGAAACUUUUCUGUUUACCUGCUUUAUCCCUUUGGUUCGUCGUGCGAUUCCUGGCUGCCAUUGCAUCAAAUACUAGUGGAUAAGAUUAUUCGGAAUUUUUCUAAGCUCAAGUGAAAAUAAAUAUCGAAACAUAGUUUGCGCUGGCUCCAAAGUUACUCCAGUUUGUUGUGCUGUGUUGUGGGGCAGUUGUGAGUGUUAAAAGUGAUUGUUUGAUCGCGUAAUGGUGUGGUCUCGUCGGCGCGGGCCCACCACCCUUCUUUAACCACGUCUGACACAGCGAAAGGGCAGCAGAGGCUAGAGCGUGAUACCAACGUCGUCUCCGCCUCCAGCUCCCACAGUGCCUCCAUCGUACCACCAAACAUGUCAUCUGCAACGUUCGUUGACCGGAUAGAUCCCUUUGCCAAACGUUCCCUCAAAAAGAAGUCGAAAAAGACUCAGGGAUCGUCACGAUACCGAAACUCCCAAGACGUAGAACUGCUCCAGCUUGCCCAGCUCAAAGAUGUCUCAGUAUUAGAGCAGGAGGAGUUGUUCCACAGAAAACUGCGACAAUGCUGCGUCGCAUUCGACUUUAUGGAUCCGGUGACAGAUCUGAAAGGCAAAGAAAUCAAACGUAAUACCCUCAAUGAAUUGGUCGAAUACAUCACAGCGGGACGGGGUGUUCUCACAGAAAGCGUCUACCCUGAGAUAAUCAAAAUGAUUUCGGCAAAUUUAUUCCGCACGCUACCACCUAGUGAAAAUCCAGACUUUGAUCCAGAGGAGGAUGAUCCGACCCUAGAGGCAAGCUGGCCUCAUCUUCAGUUGGUUUACGAGUUCUUUCUACGUUUUCUCGAGUCCUCCGACUUCCAGCCAACUAUCGGCAAGAAAGUUAUCGACCAAAAAUUUGUUUUACAGUUAUUGGACUUGUUUGACUCGGAAGACCCUAGGGAACGAGACUUUCUGAAGACUGUCCUACAUCGUAUUUACGGGAAGUUCCUCGGCCUUCGAGCCUUCAUCCGAAAACAAAUCAACAACAUUUUCUUGAGGUUCGUUUACGAGACAGAACAUUUCAACGGGGUUGGAGAAUUGCUCGAAAUACUGGGAAGCAUUAUUAACGGAUUUGCUCUACCUCUCAAAGUAGAACACAAGCAAUUCUUGGUCAAGGUUUUGUUACCGCUGCAUAAAGUAAAGUGUUUAUCACUUUAUCAUGCACAGCUGGCCUACUGUGUAGUACAAUUCUUGGAAAAAGAUGCAACUUUGACUGAGCCAGUUGUUCGCGGACUUCUCAAGUUCUGGCCUAAGACAUGCAGUCAGAAAGAAGUCAUGUUCCUCGGUGAGAUCGAAGAGAUUCUGGAUGUUAUAGAACCUAGCCAAUUUGUGAAAAUACAGGAGCCACUAUUCAGACAGAUUGCACGUUGUGUGUCUUCGCCACAUUUCCAGGUCGCAGAGAGGGCGCUGUACUUUUGGAAUAACGAGUACAUUAUGUCGCUAAUUGAAGAAAAUAACCACGUGAUAAUGGGAAUCAUGUUCCCUGCCCUAUAUAGAAUCAGCAAAGAACACUGGAACCAAACAAUUGUGGCCCUCGUCUACAACGUCCUUAAAACUUUUAUGGAGAUGAACAGCAAGCUUUUUGACGAUCUCACAGCCAGUUAUAAGUCUGAAAGACAAAAAGAGAAAAAGAGAGAGAAAGAGAGAGAUGAAUUAUGGAAAAGGUUAAACGAGUUAGAAAUGGAACGACGUGCAGCUAUCACAGGCCCCUCUAGCACACCAGUUCCUACUACAACCGCACCUGUCACACGAGCCCGGCCUUGAGUCGGUGGAAACUCAGUACUACGCUGCCCAUCUGUUAGUCCUUAGUUUACGUCGAUUGUCCAUAUAAUACAAAAAAAAUGAGAAAAUGAAAAAAAAACACACAUUAUUGUUAGUGAAUACAAAGAUGUCCCAUGAUGACAUUUUUAACGUAAUAUUAUUCCUUUCUUGAGUUACGCCAUAAAGGCGUCGGCAGGAAAGGGUGACAGCAGAAGCAGUUACAAUACUAUUUCCUCAUACGCCAUAAUGAGAGGUUGAUAAUGAUUUCUAAUGGUUUUGUUGUGUAUAUUAAUUUUUAAUAAUUUUGACGGCAAUGAUCUAAGUUUUAUGGUGUAAUCUGUGUCAGCACAUAAUGCAAGGAUGUUGGUCCCUUCUUAAUUAAGGAUAGCUGCGCUUGGUGGGAGGAAAUGAUCGGGGUGGGAAUAUGAAAGGAUGAGGCUUAUAAAUAUAUUAUAUUAUUUCUAUAUCCAUGCUCGUGUAUACAUAAUAUUCAAUGUCUAUUACGUGUGUCUCUAUCAGAUGCGCGAUGUGCAUAAUACAGCGUGAAAGCCAAAAUCCCUUUCCUCCCCACACUCUGAUCGUCAUCUCUUGACAGCCGGCAGGGGCGUUGUUUGAAAUGUAUCAUAUAUUCGGUUAAAUAAUAACGAUAAAUAUAACAAAACAUGAUAAAUUAGGUAAACAUAUAUAUAUGCAUGUAUACAUGUAUAUGUAUAUAUACAUACAUACAUAUAUAUAUAUAUAAUACAAUAUAUAUUAUAAAAGUAUAGUAAUAUUGAUAUGAUAAAAAGUCUCACACUCACACACGUACAUAAAUAAAUACUUUCGUUAUGAAGUGACGCUCAGUCCUGUGUGCUAUCAACACUAACAUUAUUAUGCUGACAACGUGUUCGCAACUCGACAAACAAACCCUUUUUUCAAGAGUGAAAAAAUUUUCGAGUUAUACAGAUGCAUAAAGUAACAUUAAUAAUAAUUAUUACUGAAAUUCAUUGUGGAGAAAACAAAAAAAAGUAUACCUAUGUUAUUUUUUAAAUAAAAAUGAAGAAUAAAGAAAGCGAGGGACAAAUACACAAUAACAAAAAUUUAAUUGUACCAAACUAUCCAUGGUUGCUUAUAAAAUAUAAUAAAUAAUAGAGAUACAAAACAUAAAGUUUAUUCGGAGCUGUGCUCCCACUGAUUACUGCGAGAGUGUGCUCAUGGGACCGUUUUUAGAAAUUUCUUACCAUUGCAUAAUAAUAAUGAUGAUAAUAAUAAUAGUAUUGAUAAUAUUAUUAAAUAGACAGAAAUAAAUGAGUGAAGCUUC